CAAGUUAAAACAGUAGCGCUUCAGUCGCACUCGCGGAUGUAAAAAAUCAUAAAAAUAAUUUGCAAUGGCCAAGCGAUUGUGCUGAAAUAUAAAUACAUUAACAACAACAAAAUUGAAACCGAAACAAAAACCGUGAGAAACAACAGCUGCUACCGCUGCGUGUGUUGUGUUGUGUUGUUGGCUGUAUUCAAGGAUACACGUACAAAAAUUCAAAAUACAUCGCAUAAGGACAUAAACAAAGUACAAACUGAGCAAGUGCCAAAGUGUAAAACUAGUUGCCAAAAAAAUAAAAAACAAAAACAAAGAGAGAGAAGGAGUGAGACGCAUUUAGCGCUUAUGCAUUUAAAACAGCAUGUGCAUAAAUGAAGAGUUACAGCCAAUUUAAUUUGAACGCCGUUGCCGCCGCACCGCCGCCCGCCAUUGCAUACGAAAACGCAGUAGCAGCCAGCAGCAGCAACUCUAGCUUGGAGCAUAUACAACAGCUUCACAGUCAUAGUCACAAUCUCAGUCAGGAUAUGCCGCACUUUGGACUUGGCAGUGUGCCGCCGCAGCCGCCGACAUCGCAGCAGCUACAAGUGCAUCAUCAACAGCAGCAGCAGCAACAACAACAACAGCAGCAGCAACAACAACAACAAAUGCAAAUGUCCAUGCUGCCGGUUAAUGUGCCAGGCCCAUACCGGACGCACAUUGAGGAAAAGAAGCUGACGCGGGAUGCUAUGGAUAAAUACAUGCGUGAGCGCAACGAUAUGGUUAUUGUUAUACUGCACGCCAAGGUGGCCCAGAAAUCGUACGGCAAUGAGAAGCGCUUCUUUUGCCCACCGCCUUGUAUCUAUUUAUUUGGCAGUGGCUGGCGGCGGCGUUACGAGGAGAUGCUGCAACAAGGCGAGGGCGAGCAGGGAGCACAACUGUGCGCAUUUAUUGGCAUCGGCAGCAGUGAUCAGGAUAUGCAGCAACUGGAUCUCAAUGGCAAGCAGUACUGCGCCGCCAAGACGCUCUUCAUUUCCGACUCGGAUAAGCGCAAGCACUUUAUGCUCUCUGUUAAGAUGUUUUAUGGCAAUGGCCAUGACAUUGGCGUGUUCAAUUCCAAGCGCAUAAAAGUCAUCUCUAAGCCGUCCAAGAAGAAGCAAUCGCUUAAGAACGCCGAUCUUUGCAUUGCCAGCGGCACCAAUGUGGCGCUCUUUAAUCGCCUGCGCUCUCAAACUGUCUCUACGCGUUACCUGCAUGUGGAGAAUGGUCACUUUCAUGCCUCGUCCACGCAGUGGGGCGCCUUUACGAUACAUUUGCUUGAUGACAAUGAAUCCGAAUCGGAGGAGUUUCAGGUGCGCGAUGGCUAUAUACACUAUGGUGCUACAGUGAAGCUCGUUUGCUCUGUUACGGGCAUGGCGCUGCCACGUCUGAUUAUACGCAAAGUGGACAAACAAAUGGCGCUGCUGGAGGCAGAUGAUCCGGUCUCGCAGCUUCAUAAAUGUGCCUUCUAUAUGAAAGACACUGAUCGCAUGUAUUUAUGCCUGUCGCAGGAGAAGAUUAUACAGUUUCAGGCCACACCUUGUCCCAAGGAACCGAACAAGGAAAUGAUUAACGAUGGCGCAUGCUGGACAAUCAUAUCUACGGACAAGGCUGAAUAUCAGUUCUACGAGGGCAUGGGUCCAGUCGCUUCACCUGUAACUCCAGUGCCUAUAGUCAACUCACUUAACUUGAAUGGCGGUGGCGAUGUGGCCAUGCUGGAGCUGAGUGGCGACAACUUUACGCCUCAUUUACAAGUUUGGUUUGGCGAUGUUGAGGCAGAGACCAUGUACCGCUGCACGGAAACCUUGUUGUGUGUGGUGCCAGAAAUUUCACAGUUCCGUGGCGAGUGGCUUUGGGUGCGACAGCCUACUCAGGUGCCCAUAUCGCUGGUUCGCAAUGAUGGCAUUAUUUAUGCAACAGGUCUGACAUUUACUUAUACGCCGGAGCCUGGACCGCGUUCGCAUUGUAAUCAGGCUGAGGAUGUUAUGCGUACUCGUCUCGGUAACAACAACAAUAACAACAUCACAACCAUCAGCAACAAUAAUAAUAACAACAGCAACUCGCCGGCAAGCGGCGCCAGUUUGCAGCAAGGCAUGCAGCAGCAGCAACAACAGCAGCAGCAGCAACAGCAGACACAUCAAACACUGCCCUCCAUCUCGGAAGUGCAAUGGAAUAGUCAUGGGAGCGGCUUGUCCUGAGUGCUGCAUUAUUGCUUUCAUUUGCAAUUCGUCAUACAUUUAUUUAUGCCAAGUUAUUUAAAGCUCUUUUAGCACUUAGCAUCCUAGAUUAUUAUUAUUUCCAUAAACAAUUUUUACCCAUUAAGUCGACCUUCAAGCUUUUUCAUCAUGUUCAGUAAACACAAUACUACAUGCUCUAUGAUUGAAAAGCUUAAGAAAUUUAUUUUAUAAGGAAAGCAUACUUUAAAUAUUUAUGAGAGUAUGCUUCUUUAUAUAAUUUGUCCAAAUUGAAACAUGCAGUAAUGCAAAAAAUAUUGCAAAAUCAAUAGCAAGCUUUCUGUAAGAACGAAAUUCCCAACAACUUUAGGAUCAUAGAGUAAAUCGACCAAGUUUCAUUUAUUUUAAACAAUAGCUAUGUAAAUGCGUUACAUAAUUGUACAUAACUCGAAUAAGCCUGCAUGGGCCAUGCAUAAUUAACUGUAACUCUAGUUAAAAUCUACAAAAGUUUAGCAUAGUGUUAGCAUUUUAACAGCGCUGGGCUCAGUGUAAUCCUAAAAAUUUGCAAAUUCGAAUGCACUACAGAACAUUCCACCUUAUUAAAAUUUGAAAAGUGUCAAUCCUUAGCCCCAUUGAUGCCCAGCUCGAGUAGGUUUACAAAUAUAGGCAUGUAUAUUUAUAUGACAGAGCAUAUAAUUUUUGUAACAUAACAAAAGAAAAAGACGAAAUACUUAAACCUAAGAUUAUGCAUAAUUUUAAAUAA